AUGGUGCAUUACGUUAUGAAAAUAAUACCAAUUGUAUGGGCCUGCGAGACCGGCAAGAAUCAAGCCCGAGAGAUCAGCACUACUAUUUAUGACGUACUUAAUAGUACAAGUGAUAAGCAAAUCAAGGGCGAGAAAAUUUGGGAAAUCUCUUCAAAACUUUUACCAUCAGAAACCUAUCGGAAGUUAUCCAGAUUGAUCCAUACCAAGGACAUCUUGAGUGUCAUCUUGUUAGGCGUGCAAGAAUACGUGUAUUUCUCUAAAAUGCGAUUAUUUGAAACAAACCAUUGGAUUGUCAGAUGCCUAAUCACAGCAUUUUUAGUAUAUUUACUUCAGCUGGAGUUUCAUAUGAAUAUGCUGUAUGUAAAUUGUGUUUGUGUAUUAAAAGCCUGUUUCAAAAAAAUCGACGACGAUCUGAAUUACAUGCAAAGACUCAUGACAAACGACAUGAAAUCAUCUGUUCCUAGUUUAAUUAGCUCAACGCAGAGAAAUCAAAUUUUUUUAAUAGAACUCAAAACUUUGAUGAGACAGCAUCUAAUGAUUAACGAAACUGUGCAGCUGUUAAACAUAAUCUUUAGCUUGCAACUUCUUGCAACUGUAACCGUUACCUUUGCUCAAAUUACUGCUGGACUAUAUGAUUACAUAGUGCACUGGCAAGGCGAGAUAAUAAUUACAUUUGAUCGGCAUCUUCUUGACGCGAUUUUGACAACCAUGGUGCACUAUGUUAUGAAAAUAAUGCUAAUUGUAUGGGCCUGCGAAACCGGCAAGAAUCAAGCCCGAGAGAUCGGCACUACUAUUUGCGACGUACUUAAUACUACAAGAGAUAAGCAUAUCAAAGCCGAGAUGGUGGGUGGCAUCACGACAUAUAUGUUAAUUUUGAUACAAUUUUUAAUCGCGGGACAUUCUUGUGAUGAAAGAUCUGUAACUAGUAUUACAAAUAAUUCAGUUAUAUAA